AUGAAAAUAAUUGGCAAAAUAGUGAAGCUGAAAUUGAAAAUAGAGAAGCUGACAACUGGGAAGACAGAGAAGCUGAAAUCUCAAGUCCGUCAAAUAACGGUAAAGUCUGUGAAGUCACCAACUCCGAGUAAGAAUGUGAAUUCAAAUUCAAUUAUUAUUACAACCGAUUAUCAGUUGUUGCUUGAAUCAGAAAAGUUAUUCCAAGUUCUAAAAGGGAAGAAGUUUUUGUUGCUUCUGGACGAUGUCUGGGAGAAUAUAGAUUUACAGGCAAUUGGAAUUCCUGAUCCCAGUAUAGAAAAUGGCUGCAAAAUAAUAAUGGCUUCGAGAAAGAGAGGAAGCUUGGAAACCUUUUUUAAACAAGUGGGAGGAAUCAUUGACUUACCAGAGAUCCAGCCCUUUGCGCGAGCUAUAGUUGAGGGCUGCGGUGGCUUGCCACUGCUGAUCAUUGUUACUAGAAGGGCACUAGCGGAGGAGACUAAUAUUUCUGUUUGGAAGUAUGCAUCCAGCUGGAAGGGCACUAGUGCAGGUCUAACAGAACCACCUUCCGAGGAGGAGUGGAGACAGGCCAAGAUGAUAUUUUUGAUGGAUAAUGACUUGUGCACUCUAACUGAGAAACCAAAUUGCCCUGAGCUCUCUCAAUUGUUCAUGCAAAGAAACUCUAAGCUUAGAGUCAUACGCACUUCUUUUUUUGACUUAAUGACUUCCCUUACAGUGUUGAACCUAUCUAGGAACAGGAUCAGGUCCUUGCCAAAGACACUAUUUAAGCUAAUAAACCUUGAGAUUCUCAUACUCCGUUAUUGUGACUGCCUGCAUGUGCUCCCUUCUGAAGUUGGUUUUCUUGAAAGACUUGAGGUGCUUGAUCUCCACGGCACAGAAGUUAUCAAGUUACCUGAGGAAAUUGGUAAACUGGCCUCCCUUAUACAGUUGGAAGUAUCACUUUAUGGAUCUAUCGACUAUACAGAGUAUGUUAGACUGCCACAGAAACUGAUUUCAAAUGGGAUUAUAUCAAAGCUUCACAAGCUGGAAAAUCUAAGUAUUGAUGUGUAUCCAGGAGAUCAAAGGUGGUAUAAGGUGGUCAGCAAUAACGUAAAAGAUUUGAGUUCUCUCUUGUCAUUUUCCUGA